AAUCCGCCUCCCAUCAGGACACUUCCGGUUGUGCUCUGCGCUCCUUACCGCCAAAGCUCCGGCUCUGGCGCCUAGCCCCGGCGUAUGCCGAUCACUUCCGGGUGAUGCUCCACGGCCACGAGCCGCGAUUGGGCUACCGUAGACGGGGUACUUCCGGUGUCCAGGUGCUGGGUUCUUUGGUAGGAGGAGGAAGAUGGAGCCCAGCACCGCGGCCCGGGCUUGGGCCCUCUUUUGGUUGCUGCUGCCCUUGCUUGGCGCGGUUUGCGCCAGCGGACCCCGCACCUUAGUGCUGCUGGACAACCUCAACGUGCGGGAGACUCAUUCGCUUUUCUUCCGGAGCCUGAAGGACCGGGGCUUUGAGCUCACAUUCAAGACCGCUGAUGACCCCAGCUUGUCUCUCAUAAAGUAUGGGGAAUUCCUCUAUGACAAUCUCAUCAUUUUCUCCCCCUCGGUAGAAGAUUUUGGAGGCAACAUCAAUGUGGAGACCAUCAGUGCCUUUAUUGACGGUGGAGGCAGUGUGCUGGUAGCUGCCAGCUCAGACAUUGGUGACCCUCUUCGAGAGCUGGGCAGUGAGUGUGGGAUCGAGUUUGAUGAGGAGAAAACGGCUGUCAUUGACCAUCACAACUAUGACAUCUCAGACCUUGGCCAGCAUACGCUAAUCGUGGCUGACACUGAGAACCUGCUGAAGGCCCCAACCAUCGUUGGGAAAUCAUCUCUAAAUCCCAUCCUCUUUCGAGGUGUUGGGAUGGUGGCUGAUCCUGAUAACCCUUUGGUGUUGGACAUCCUGACGGGCUCUUCCACAUCUUACUCCUUCUUCCCAGAUAAGCCUAUCACUCAGUAUCCACAUGCGGUGGGGAAGAACACCCUCCUCAUUGCUGGGCUCCAGGCCAGGAACAAUGCCCGUGUCAUCUUCAGCGGCUCCCUCGACUUCUUCAGCGACUCCUUCUUCAACUCAGCAGUGCAGAAGGCAGCACCUGGCUCCCAGAGGUAUUCCCAGACAGGCAACUAUGAGCUAGCUGUGGCCCUCUCCCGCUGGGUGUUCAAGGAGGAGGGUGUUCUCCGUGUGGGGCCUGUGUCCCAUCACCGGGUGGGCGAGACAGCCCCACCCAAUGCCUACACUGUCACUGACCUAGUGGAGUACAGCAUCGUGAUCCAGCAGCUCUCAAAUGGGAAAUGGGUCCCCUUUGAUGGCGAUGACAUUCAGCUGGAGUUUGUCCGCAUCGAUCCUUUUGUGAGGACCUUCCUGAAGAAGAAAGGUGGCAAAUACAGCGUUCAGUUCAAGUUGCCCGAUGUGUAUGGUGUAUUCCAGUUUAAAGUGGAUUACAACCGGCUAGGCUACACACACCUGUACUCUUCCACUCAGGUAUCCGUGCGGCCACUCCAGCACACGCAGUAUGAGCGCUUCAUCCCCUCGGCCUACCCCUACUACACCAGCGCCUUCUCCAUGAUGCUGGGGCUCUUCAUCUUCAGCAUCGUCUUCUUGCACAUGAAGGAGAAGGAGAAGUCUGACUGAGGGGCCAGAGCCCCGGGACUCUGCACAGCGUGGAGACGGGGCGGGGGUUAUUAGGAUUCGUGGUUUUAUUUUGCUUUGUUUAAAGCCAUGGGAGAACGGCACAACUUUACCUCUGCGGGAGAUGUAACACUGAGAGCCAACGGGUGGGAGUCGGGAUAAUUUUUAUGUAAGUUUUUCCACUUCGAA